CCCGCUAAACACAAACAGGCGCACGCUCCGGAGCUCCUCGUCGCCUUGUCGGUAGUCCGCGACGGCGGCGCCCUGCAAGGCUGCAAUUCGACUCGGCAGGCAGAGGCAGCUGCAGUGCAGACCACCAGUGACCAGACCGGCAGACUCCAUCCGCAACCGCGAGCCAGCAGGCGCGCCCCUGACUCGUGCGGUCGCCGCUGGUCCUGCCUCCUCUUCUUCUUCCAGAGUUCCGGCGGCUGGCGCGGCGGCGCGGAGGCGGGCUUUGGGGCACGGGCCGGAGCAUCCAGGCACACUGGGCGAAUCCGGCACGAGCGCACGGAGCACGGCAGUUCCCUUCGCGGGUUGGCCCCUCUGCACUGCGCUAGCGCAGUAGUGCUUUUGCUUAGCACAGGCAUAUUCUUUUAUCAAUGAAGGUUAAUGGGUCGUUGGGGGAGCAGAAAGAUUUAUAUCUCCAAUGAUCCUGUCGCGUUGGCCCAAAUACACUGCUGAAUGGUUUAGGCACAGGAAGGUUUUCCCUUGGGAGGUUCCUUCUUGCCCCUACUCCGUACUCGCUGCUUCUGUUCAGCGUGACGACUCAAGCGGUGAUGAAAGGCUGAGUUGUGCUCCUUUUAAUGAGCCUAUCCGGAAACGGCAGCAGUCUUUGAGCUCUGACAGUGUUGUGCAGGCACUCCGCUGCCUAAGGAGGAAGCCUGCAGUUGCAUUUGCCUACUUUAAAGAUAUAAAUAGCCUUGGUUUUCACCAUGACUUCUCAACCUACUCAGAGAUCAUACAAAUUUUAUCCCAUUCAUUCCAGGGGAAGAUGCUGGUAGCCUUGUUUUGUGAGAUUCUCUCAUCAACUGGUAAUGGUGGCCCAGAAAUCUUAACACUUAUUGAUCACUUGAGCAAAACAUGUGCCACUUCUCACGUACUCUCAUAUGCAGUCAAUUGCUUAAUCAAGGCAUACACCACCAGCCACGAUGCACAAGAAACAGUAGAGAUGUUUUGUCACCUUUGCAGGCUUGGAUUUGUUCCUACACUUUGGGCUUGCAAUUUCCUGCUCAAAUUUGUAUCUCAGAGUGGUGAUUCGGAUAUGGUUGUCAGAGCUUAUGAUCGAAUGAAGUGCUUUCAGUUAACACUGGAUACUCAGUCAUUGAACAUAGUCACUAGGUCGUUUUUUGAAGCAAAUAAGGCAGACGAAGCAUUCCAAGUGUGGGUUAGGAUGAUUGAAAUGGGAGUGAAACCAGAUGUACAUGGAUACUCAUCAUUUAUAAUUGGCCUUUGUGAAUGUGGAAAGUAUGAUCUAGCUUAUAACAUGGUAAGCAGAUAUGCUGUUCUUCAUGAGAUCAUCCAGGAAAGGGUUGCAGUUGAGUCCAUCGCUUAUAAUAUGGUAAUUGAUGGACUAUGCAAAGAAAUGAAACUGGAGGAGGCUGAAAAAGUCUUGGAGAUCAAGACCAGACAUGGAUCUACCCCUGAUCUGUAUGGUUAUAGCUAUCUCAUUCGUACUUACUGCAAAACGGGUAACCUAGGAAAGGCGUGGCAUCAUAUUGAAGCCAUGGUAUCCCAUGGCAUCGAGAUAAAUUGUUACAUUGUUGGUUACCUUCUACAGUGCCUCAAGAAGCUAGGCAUGGUAUCUGAAGUUAUUGUUUACUUCCAGAAAUUUAGAGAUUUAGGACUUCAUCUCGAUGGUGUGCUUUAUAACAUUACUAUGGAUGCUUAUUGCAAGCUUGGGAACAUGAAUGAGGCAGUUAAGCUACUGAAUGAAAUGAUGGCUGGAGGUUUGGUCCCGGACAAAAUCCACUAUACAUGCCUGAUCAAUGGUUACUGUCUGAAAGGAGAGACAGAAAAUGCCUGGCAAGUAUUUGAGCAGAUGCUGAAGGCAAAUAUAAAACCAGAUGUAGUUACAUAUAACAUAUUGGCCAGUGGAUAUAGCAGGAAUGGCGCUGUUAUUAAGGUAUAUGACCUUCUCGAGCACAUGGUGGAUCAAGGGUUGGAGCCUAAUUCACUCACCUAUGGUGUAGCUAUUGCUUGUUUUUGUAGAGAAGGCAACUUGAGUGAAGCAGAGGUAUUAUUUAAUAUAUUAGAAGAAAAAGGGAUAGAUAAUAUUGAGGUGCUGUACAGUUCUAUGGUUUGUGGUUAUUUGUACUCGGGCUGGACUGACCAUGCUUACACACUUUUUCUUAGAGUUGCUAAACAAGGAAAUAUGGUGGAUAAUUUGUCAUGUUCAAAAUUGAUAAACAGCCUCUGUAUAGAUAAAAAGGUUGAGGAGGCUUCAACUGUGUGUAGUAUGAUGUUGGAAAAGAAUGCUGUUCCUGAUGUAAUUUCAUAUAGCAAACUUAUAUCAGCUUAUUGUCAGAAAAGAGAUAUGCACAAUGCUCACUUAUGGUUCCUUGAUAUGGUUGAUAGAGGACUUUCUGAUGUCAUUGUAUACACUGUACUGAUGAAUGGUUAUUGCAAGGUUGGUCGGUUGCAAGAAGCAUGUGACUUAUUUGUUCAAAUGAUAAAUUUAGGAAUCAAGCCUGAUGUAGUUGCAUACACAGUGCUAUUGGAUGGCCACAUAAAGGAGGCCCUACACCAAGGGUGGCAGGGUAUCGCUAAGGAAUGGAGGAGCUUUCGUCUUAGAACAAAGCAUAAGACGUUGCUGAGCUCUAUGAAAGACAUGGAAAUUGAACCUGAUGUAACCUGUUACACAGUAUUGAUUGAUGGACAUUGCAAAACAGAAUAUCUAGAUGAAGCACGGGGAUUGUUUGAUGAGAUGUUAGCGAAAGGACUUACCCCUGAUGUUUACGCAUACACAGCUCUUAUAAAUGGAUACUGUAGCCAGGGAGAAAUAGCUAAGGCUGAAGAUCUUUUACAAGAAAUGACAGAUAAUGGGAUGAAACCAGAUGUACUGACCUUUUCAGUAUUACAUCAGAGAACCUUGAGACAUCGAAAGGCUCAUUCAUAUUUAUGAUGUCCAAUGGUUAUGUGUUGAUGAAUGUCAUUUGACUGAAGGCAUCAUGCCAACAAAAGUUGUGCUCUUAGGAUCCUACCAGAUUCAGUAACUGGUGCUAGUGAUAUGUGGGCCUAUGUCAGGAAUGCCGACACCUGGAGCAUGGAAAGAUUGCCGUCUCAGGGUCAAGGAGAAGAACAAAAUGCAUGUACUUUCAGCGUCGGGAUCAACGACUACUAAUGGAGCUGUGCAAACACCAUCCUGGCCAAGUUGGCUGUGGCACUGGCACUGGCACCUGCACCACUUAUGAGGGUUUACUGGUUCAUUUUGUGGCUGCAAUUAGUGUGUUCUCAGACAACCAACCAAGAGCAAGAAAACAGAUAAGCUCUCGGGCGUCCUGGGGCCUUGGGGAGCUCUUGAUGCUCCUGAUUCCAUGCUGCGCCACAUCCAUUGGGCUUAAUGAGGUGAUUCCAAUUGUUUGAGCCAUGCAUAUGGGAGAGAGCAAGCUGAUUGCUGUUUGGGGGUUGUCUCACACUCUCACUGCCUGAAGACAUUGCAGAAACACUGAUGUGCGCUUGUGUAGGUUAUUUGAUCUGCACAAAGCCACAGACAUCCGCAGGACAAAUUACUGAUCAUGGUUGUCGCAUUAUUCUUGAGUCUGAUUCUUGUUGUGUUCAGGACCUUCGUAUGGGCCUUUUGGUGGGAACUGGGCCUAGGCGUCGGGACAAAUUUCUUUCUAUUUAUCAGCAAUUUGCUACCAUGGUUCGCACCCAGUAUAACUCUCCCAUUCGUGUCUUUCAUGCGGACUCUGCUGGCUUACAUAUGGAGAGAUGGAGGCCAAGAUAAGUGCAAGGAAAAUCCUUGAUCACAAAGGGCAACAGAUCUGAAAUAGUGUUCAACUCCUCAGCCCCACAUUGAAUUGGAGUUACAGAAAUCUUGGCCAUCUUGGUCUGGAGUCCAGUUGCAUGACCAAAAAUAUUGUGGAGUUGAUUGACCACUGAGAGAUCCAUCCUUGUAGGGCAAAGGAACAACACCACGUCAUCAGCAUAAAAGGAGAGUCGGUGUUUUGCUUGCUAGAGUCUAGACAGCAAUGGGCUGUAGGAAGCUCUCUUUAGUUGCAUGAUUUACUAUUGAGUUCAGAGCUUCCUUCACCAAGAUAAAAAGCAUAGGGGAAAGAGGAUCCCCUCGACGAAGCCCCCGAUGAUGAAAACUACUUUCUCCUGGGUCGUCAUUGAACAGAAUCUGAGUAGAAGUGGACAGCAGCAGGCUAAUAAGAUUGCACCACAUAUGACCAAAAUUUGAGAUGUUGCAGAAUCUCAAGUAAGAAGGACCAAGAAACGGAGUCAAAAGCCUUUGAAAUAUUUAACUUUAGAAGAAUAUGGGGUUCUUUCCUGCUAUGUAAAGCCCUGGCCGGCUGCUACACAAAAGAAAAUUGUCUUGUAUGCUCCUUCCUUUCACAAAAGCACUUUGAUUAAUGGACACCAAAUUUGGUAGGUGAGGGGUCAACCCAUUUGCCAAAAGUUUAGCUACAAGCUUCACAAAGCUAUGAAUGAGACUUAUUGGCCUGUAAUCCUUGACAUGGGCAGCAAGCAGCAUGAACCUUCUUAGGAAGCAAGGUAAUGAAAGCUGUGUUGAGGAGUUUAAAUUUUAAAACAUGUCCUCUCUGUACUGCUAGAAGGGCCCUCAUGAUAUCAUCCAUGAUAAUCCCACAUUGGCAGAGAGAUACCCAGCUCUUGUCACAGAUUUCUUCUUGUGGUAUCUGCUUCUGAGGAUCCACCACGAGUUAAUAAGCUUCUUGUCCAACACAUCGAGACCGUACACCAUUCUGAAGCUGUUGAAGUUGUUUUACAAUAUCUUUUGCUCAAACAGGCUAUUAGUUCUGCAUCACUUUGGUAUUCCAUUUGCUCAGCGUGACAAGCCAUAAGUGGAUACUGAGUUGGAAUCUAAAAGAUCAAUGAAAUUAGGGAGGUGACUGCAGAAUGGAAUGGAUUAGAUUUUCCCUAGUUCUGACAUGAUGUAUAAUUUGUGUACUUUAUCUGUAUGUGCAGUAACAUUGGCUCGCACAGUACUGUAUCGCACAGCACUGUAUCUUUAUGUGCAGUAGCAUUGCUUUUGUCACUUGCUUGUGAAGGCCCUUGGAUUCCCAGUGUUGGAUCGGCCCGAGGGAGUAGGGACUGUGUUGCACGUUGGAUAGGAAUAGGAUCGGAUUGGGUUGAAUGAAACCAGUGAGGGUUCGGGUGGGAUUGGAUUCUGUUGGGGCCGGAUCACGGCCCAUUAUCACUGUCACGUACUUCCUCCGUC